AGGCCGAGGCCUGAGGGCAGAGCUGUGGGGAUCCCCACAGGACACGGCCCACGCAGCCCACGGGCCCCAGCAGCACCAGGAUGAACCUGAACGCUUUUCUCCAGCAAAUACAGCUCACAGAGAAGCAGGCCAGGGAGAAGAGGAACUUCAUCCAACAAGGUCGCCAUCCUGAGGGGCCUCCCUGUUCCCAGAGGGGUGUCCUGAGGGGAUGUGUGUCAGCAUGGCUGGUUCUUGGCACCUGCACGUUUCUGGAAGGAUGUAACAUUCACAAACUCAGCAUUCUUACAGGUGGUUGUUGUUGUCUUGCAGCUAAAUGCGACAUAAAUAGAGGUUAUGAAAAAAUUAACCAAAUAAAAGAAGAGCUGAGCGCUGCAAAAAUUAACUUAGAAACCAAGGUUCAGCAACUGUCUGUAAAGCAGUUCAAUAUAGAAAUUCUGAAGAAACGCGAAGAGAGCUUAGAAAAACAAAAAGCUGAGCUUAUUAAUCAAAGAACCAGUCUUCUUAACAUUGUGGCAGAUGCAAAGAGAAAAAUUACUGAAGAGGAAGAUAAUUUUACCAGAGAAGUAACAGAGUUUAACAAUGAAUAUGGACUAACAAGUAAUAGAGAUCUUCUUAUUAAGAAGAAAGUCAGGACUGAAAUAAAUGAUUUAGAGAAUGAGGCAGCUCUGUUGAAAAAUGAAAUGGAGUCAAUGGAACAUAAAAAUGUUCAGUUAAAUGCACUCCAGCUGCAGAAGAAUGAAUUAAAGCAGAAUUUAUUUACUCUCCAAAGUGAGCUCAAAGACCUUGAGAAAGCAAUCAGGGAGGCUGAAACAACAACGAAAGAUUUAGAAGCAGAAAAAGUUCAAGUCACUGAAAAACCUCAGACUGAUCCUGAAUGUUUAAGACUUAAGAAAGAAUUGGAAAAAUGCAAAGAUGAUAAUUGGGAAAGCCUCUCUGAGACUCUUCAAACAGAAAUUGAAAUUCUGCAAAUGAAUUUAGCACAAAAAAAGUCUUCAGGGAAGUGAAUAAUAUGUGGCAUAUAAUCUGGAAUGUCAUAGAGGCAAGUCUGAGAAUUUUUAAAUCAUUUUACUCAGGUUCUAUCAGAUAUGCUUCUAUUUUCUGUUUGAUUAAUUCACAGUUUGUAUGUGCCUUUUCUUUUCACUAAAAUAAAAUUUGAUUAAUUUAG